AUGCCGAAGGCGGUCAAAGAGCACAAAGGGUCAAAGCUGGAGGGAGCAAACUUCCCUGUUCUUCCACCCCAUCCCUCAAGCCCGCGGGGAACACUCAGAGGCAAGGACAACAAAGCGUGCGCUCCGGCGCCUGCAGCCGGGCCAUCCCGCCCGCGGGGCGCGCGGCUCCCGGGCGGCAGAGCUAGGGCGCCCGAGCGCGGGCGCAGGCAGGACCGCGGGGGCUGGGGGAAGGGGCUCCCCUACCUUGAACAGCACAAAGAGGCAGAACAGGAGGAGGCGGCGGCCGCCGCGCGUCCUCGUGGGCAGGUGCCCCAUCGCGGCGUGGACGGGGAGCCGGGAGUACGGUGGCGCCGCCUGGCUCCGCCGGCGGCUCACAAUGGCGAGCUGGGGCUGCAGCCUCAGACCCUGGGCGCCGAGGUUGCUCCGGGAGGGCGCAUCCUGCCUUUCCAGUCCCCCUGCGCCUGCUCCCCUUCCGCCUUCUGCACCCGGGAUCCUCUAGGAACACGCCGGGCGCGGCUGCUCUUUAACAGUUAA